AUGACCGGAAUACCUACUUUUUUGAGCUCUCGAGAAAUCAAGGCUCGAACCAACCACGACGGUGAUCUUAAGGACAUUGUGAACCAGCUCUUCUCGGUACAGAAGGCGAAGCCUGAGCUUAAUGAUACUAAUAUCCCCUUCAUGGUGACUUCUAAUGUCUUUGCUGGAUCCGAUACUACGUCAACCUUAUUACGAGCAAUCUUUUAUUUACUGCUGAAGAACUCGGAAACCUAUAACUGCCUUAUAGAGGAGGUGGAAAGCAAGAAACAGGUGGGUGAGUUAAGUAAUCCUGUUACUUUCAAAGAAUCUGAAGCUUGUCCAUACCUCCAAGCUGUUAUGUACGAAGCAAUACAUUUAUAUCCAGUGCUUGGAGAUCUUCUCGAUCGAAAUGUGCCGGAGGGCGGUAUGAUGAUCGAUGGACACUAUGUUCCAGCUGGAACUAUGGCUGGAACUAGCGCGUGGGUCCUUCACCGUUCACAAGAAAUCUGGGAUUCCGAUGCAGAAGAGUUUCGUCCGGAGAGAUGGCUAGAUAAGGAGAAUGAAGGCACACUAAACGGAAAUCUAUUUUUAGAUAUCAGCUGGCUUGAAAUCAGCAAGCUCGUCCUAACCCUUUUUAUGUGCUUGGACAUUAAGCUAGCCGACAACGUAGAGAUGAAAGGGAACCACGGCAGUGUUCUAUUACUUGAUGGAUUAACGGUUCAUAUUGCAUCGCGGGAAGUAUAA